AGGUUCGAGGUUGCAGUCCAAUGUAUAUAGCCAGCCAGAAUGGCGACACAGAUGUAGUGGACCUACUAGUCCAGGCAGGAGCUGACAUCCACCUGGCCACCACUGAGUGUGGCAGUGUUCCUCUGGGGAUAGCUGCUGUCAAAGGACACACUGAGACUGUCCAGAGACUGUUGGAGUUAGGAGCUAACGUUAACUGUCAGGAAAAGACUGGAAACACAGCACUGCACUUUGCAGCAGAGAAUGGUCACUCACAGAUCGUUGCACUACUGCUGGCAGCUGGAGCCACUGACACUCCUGAUCAGGUUCCAGCCACACUACGGUUACAAACUUCUCUUUGCUGAACAUCUCACAAUGCAGGAUGGAAAAACAGCUUUGGACAAGGCCAGAGCUAAAAGUCACUGAGAAGUGGAGUCUCUACUACUUUCUAUCAGUACCUAAUGUUCUGUAUUACCCAAACCAAUGUCGAUUUUUG